CCUGAGAUGACAUACCCACUUCAGCACUCCCACAUUCCUUAAGCGAAAUCGGGAGCCGCGCGCAGCGUCCGCAUUCCCAGGAUUACCAACCUCUGCGCGCGCACACACGCGCUACUCUCGGAUCAGAAUGACCGGGUGUGACUGGACCCCUCAAUGCUCUGCUCUCAGGUGCGCGCGGGACGAGAAAUACGACGGAAAAUACCCCACCAGUCGCGCGCCCCUAAACGCACACUGCCGGGAGGAUGCCACCGUUGGACGCGGGCGCAUUUACGGAGACCAUCCCUGAAUUCAUACACAUUUACACACACGCCUGGAAUAUUGUUCGUGUCUCAUCUUUCACUUGAAGAAACCACUUCUGAGCACAAAACAUGUUUUUGGAAGAAAUCUUUCCUUUACGCGCGAAUCUAGUCUGGAAAUCAAUCCCUAUAAUGCGCUACUGAGAGAAGAUAAUUCUUAAAUCCCAGCAUUCCCGCAUUAUCCCCGAAGAAAUUAAACGAUGCACGAUCACAUUCCUGAACGCGCAUUACCAAGAAAACAUUCGCAGCAGGACACGGAUUUUGCAUUUUGAUAUUUUUAAAUGGAGCCUCCGCUCUAAUUUGGGAGUCAUUCCUCUGGAUAUUACUAAGGAUAGACCUGGAAAAUCAACCAUAACCUGCCUUUCUUCUGAAGAUAUCACUGGGAAUUCAUGUAUGCACGACCCUGGAUGCAAAUCAUUCCUGAUUAAGCGUUCCUUUCCAGGAGAUAAUUCUCAAGUUCUAAAUGAUUUCUUUCGGCAGGAAUUGAUCGCUGGACAAACGCACUUCUGAAAAAUAAAACCUGACUGCACAUUCCCAAAUAUGUAAUCCUAAGAGGAGAUCUUUCCUAAAUUCCCAAAUUGAGUGUUUUUUUGGGGGGGGAGGAAUUCAUUACUGGAUGCAUUAACCUGUGGAAAAACCUGGAAUUCUUGAGCGCAUGCUUCUAUGAGAAAACUCCUAGUUGGACACUAGUUGGGAGUCAUAGUACACACACACAUACACUCUCUAUGUAAGCAGUCAUUUCUGAACACCUACCACACAAACACACACUUAUAGGGGGUCAUUCCUGAACACACACACACACACACACACACACGGAGUCAGGACACACACUACAUACAUACUUAUUUGGUUUGGGAGUCAUUCCUGAACACAUACUACACACACACUUAGCUAGAAGUCAUUCCUGAACACACACUUACUUGGUUUGGGAAUCAUUCGUGAACACAUGCUACACACGCAGAGACACACAUUUUAUUGGUAGUAAUUCCUAAACACACACUUUUGGUUGGGGGUCAUUCCUGAACACAAACUACACUCACACACACUCCUCCACUUGCCCGGGCUGAGUGCCGGGAUUAACCCUUAUGCUUGAGCGGACAGUAGGAUGGCGGAGCCCGCGCUGGCGGAGCCGAACGGCACGAGCGCGCCGCGCGCCGCCCCUCACUCGCUCUGCGUGUCCGCGCUCAUCAUCCUGGCCGUGGCGCUCGUCAUCCUCGUGACCGUGGUGGGCAAUGCGCUGGUGGUGGCCGCCGUGCAGACGAGCCGCGCCCUGCGCGCGCCCCAGCACCUGUUCCUCGUGUCGCUGGCGUCUGCGGACAUCCUGGUGGCCACGCUGGUCAUCCCGUUCUCCCUGGCCAACGAGGUAAUGGGCUACUGGUACUUCGGCAGCACGUGGUGCGCGCUCUAUCUGGCGCUGGACGUGCUCUUCUGCACGGCGUCCAUCGCGCACCUGUGCGCCAUCAGCCUGGACCGCUACUGGGCCGUGACAGAGGCCGCGCGCUACAACGCGAGGCGCACGCCGCGCCGCGUAAAGGCCAUGAUCGCCGCCGCCUGGCUCGUGUCCGCGCUGGUCUCCUUCCCUCCGCUCGUGCUUACCGAACACGACGAGCUCGUGUGCAUGCUCAACAACGACACGUGGUACAUUCUCUCCUCGUGCGUCGUGUCCUUCUUCGGACCGGGGAUCAUCAUGGUGGCCGUGUACUGCAGGAUCUACCGCGUGGCCAAGCAACGCGCGGCCGCCGUGUUCGCGGCCAAGAGCAGCGCGCCUCGCGCCAUCUCGCGCUCCGAGACGUGGCUCCCGAGGAGAAGCGGCACACACCUUACCGGUAACGGGAGUGGGAGUGGCAGUGGGGGCGGGGCCGAGACCACCUGCGAGAGACGCCGCGGCGAGCUGGACGACAUCGACCUGGAGGAGAGCUGCAUCUCUGACAGCAUGCGGGAGGGUGGCACAAACGGCGCGCGCCCCGACCGCGUGCCCUGGGCGUGCAGCCGCGCGGCGGGCUUUGCGCUGGAGGAGGCAAACGCGCGCAGACCCGCGCUGUCCAAGAGCCGCGUGGCGCAGAUGCGCGAGAAGCGCUUCACCUUCGUGCUGGCCGUGGUAAUGGGCGUGUUCGUGCUCUGCUGGUUCCCCUUCUUCUUCACCUAUAGCCUGCACGCAAUCUGCAGGGAGAGCUGCACCAUCCCGGACACUCUCUUCAACCUGUUCUUCUGGAUCGGAUACUGCAACAGCUCGGUCAACCCCAUCAUCUACACCAUCUUCAACAGGGACUUCAGAAAGGCCAUCAAGAAGAUCAUGUGCCACAGUGCCUCCAGCAGCUGAGGGAGGCCAGCUUCCAUUAUCUCGAGCCUGGAACAGGACUUUACCUUUACAGGAGGUGUGUUUACCUGUGCACUGUCAGAAGCAUGGGUACAAAACUGUCACUGGGAUGGUACACUGAAGGGUAUGCCUUCAGAACCCUUAGGCCUAGCUAAGAGACUAAGAGAUUUGUACUCUACUUUUCUCUACUUUUAAGGAACCUGAAGGACCUGAAGGAUCAAGUACUUUUGAUGGGAACAUCAUUUGCACUGUUUGUACUUUGUUGAACAAAAAUGUAUCUCUACAGUACCCUUUUCCUCAUAGUGUGCAAGAAAGUUAGAGAGAGAGAGCAAAAGAGAGAUUAAAAGAUAGUGCGCUUGUGUAAAUACUAGAAUAUAAUAAUGAGUUUGUGCUUCUUUCUCCAAAAAUAUAUAUAUUUAUUACUGUUUACAUGUCUGGAAUUGAACCAAACCCCACAAUUUCAAAAUGCUGAAAACUGAACAACUACUGAAAACCAAUCACUGAAUAUAAGGUGUAAUAAAUUCUACUGAACAGGC